ACGACGUUCAGAAUGACAUAACAACCAUGACCACGGCAUAACUCAUUUUAACAUUAAAUUUAUUUCCAAUUCUUAAUAAGCCCUUUGAUUUUCAGCAUGGCACGAAAACGAUGCAGAAAAAAUACCUGAUGUCCUGGUUUGGGGACCAACCACUAGUCUACAACAUCUUAAACAUAGCAUGAAGCCAUAUCGCCGAGCUAAUAAAUUAUUCAUGGUGCAAUUGCGCUCGGCGUCAGGGCUGACAAGACUGAAGGUGCUGGUACGAGAGUUCACCGGCGACGUGUACUCGCUGUGGAGCUGGCGCCUGGACAAGCCCGAACUCUUUUACCCUUCAAAUAUUCUGAGGCGAGCGCUUUCCAAGAUAUUCCGGCCCACCCAUGUCCAGGACGUGUGGAAGGUCCGCGAGGUGCUCACUCGCGGCGUACUCCUCGCCCACUCCCUGGCCACCUCUGUUGACUAUCUCUGCGUUAUGCAGGGACUGCUUGAUGAGACUUGAACUCUUCUCUAAUUGCUGCGCUUGCUCAGUGUGCACACGGUACGACCACUGGGGGCACGCCAUGACACCUUGGACCUUUAUCGCACUGUUAGCGCUCUGCCACACGAGCUACGGUGUUUAUACAAAAUUCCCUGAAGGAUUCACAUUCGGUGUGGCAACAGCAGCCCACCAAAUCGAAGGCGCUUGGAAUGUCAGCGGAAAGUCAGAAAAUGUAUGGGACCAUUUGUCACACACCCGACCUGAAAUGAUAGCUGAUGGGACUAAUGGAGACAUAGCAUGCGAUUCCUAUAAUAGAUAUCUUGAAGAUGUUGAGGAGUUAGCACAUUUGGGCGUGGACUUCUAUCGGUUUUCCUUGUCGUGGGCGCGAAUUUUGCCAACUGGCCGAGUUGACUACGUAAACCCCGACGGGAUCCGGUAUUACAAUGCUCUACUCGAUGCUCUUGAAGAGAAGAAUAUUGAACCUUUGGUAACACUUUUCCACUGGGAUCUACCACAAACUCUUCAAGAUUUGGGAGGGUGGGCAAACCCAAAAAUGGUCGAUUAUUUCCGUGACUAUUCCGAUGUAUGUUUCCGUGAAUUCGGAAACAGAAUCAAGUCUUGGAUUACUUUUAAUGAACCUUACGAAAUUUGUGAAGACGCCUACGGUGACGAAAAGAAGGCUCCAGCGAUAAAUAGCCAUGGUGUUGGCAACUAUCUUUGCAGCGACACUUUGCUGAAGGCUCAUGCGGAAUCCUACCAUCUGUACAAUGAAACAUACCGGCCGACUCAGAACGGCAAGAUAAUGAUCUCUAUCAACUCCAUCUGGUACGAACCUCAGGAUCCGGAAAAUGCUGAACAAGUUGCUUUAGCUGAAGUAGCUAAUCAAUUCAAAUUUGGAUGGUUCGCAAACCCUAUCUUCACUACCGAUGGCGGGUAUCCAACAGUUAUGGUUGAAAAUGUUGCUAGACAGAGUGUAGCGGAGGGUCUGCCGAAAGCGCGUCUCGAACAGUUCGACAACUACUGGAUUGAAAGGAUCAGAGGCACUUCGGACUUUCUUGGGAUUAAUCACUACACUACCCAUCUCAUCACUGGAGCAGGGGUAGAUCCUACAGCCAAGUCUCCGUCGUGGCUGAAGGACAUUGGUGCAGUCACCACAAUGGAAGUUGGCGGCGAUUCUGCAUCUGAAUGGCUUAGGGUUGUUCCCACUGGUUUUGCGAACUUGUUGCGUUGGUGUAAGAGCACAUACAACAAUCCAGCUAUCUACAUUACAGAGAACGGCUUCUCUGAUCGUGGAACAUUAGAAGAUUAUGGUCGCAUACAAUAUUUCAACGAAUACCUGAGUGAAAUCUUAAACGUGAUCUAUGACGACGGCGUGAAUGUCCUGGGUUACACGGCGUGGACUUUGAUGGACAACUUUGAGUGGCGAGCUGGAUUUUCCGAGCGUUUCGGCUUCUACCACGUGGACAUCGCGCAGCCGGACCGGCCUCGCACGCCCAAGCUGUCCGUGGACUACUUCCGUCAACUCACCGCCAGCAAGGAGCUGCCGCAGGACCAGCGUUUCAAGAACCCAGCCAAAACAAGAAUCGAACUAUAGUUGUUGUAAUAGAAGCGGGACGAAAUAAAUGAAAAACAAUAAGUUUUAUGUAUUAAAACAAAUAUUUAUUUACUUCAUAUAAGAAUAUCGAAUUAUUUACAAUGAAAUUAUUGUAAUAUUACCUUUGACACUUCAUUGUUAUUACAUUGAUACACGUAAUGUUACAUACACUACAGAGAAAACUUGCAUCUGUUAUCAGACUGAGAGAUAUGUUUGUAAUAAGACUAUACUUAGAAAUAAACGAUAUAUUUUACACUUGAAA